AUGCAAACAAAUACUAACAAACAUAUAUUAUCAUAUAUUUUAUAUGAUACAAAUGUUGGAUUAAGUGUCAUGGAAGAUAAAACUAUUAAAGUACAGAUAAGUAAUUCUGAGUAUAGAGAUUUCAUAACUCAAAAAUUAGAAUCAGACAAAAAUAAUGGGUUGAAUGAUUAUACACCUUGUCCAACAAUGAAUGUUUAUGAUUUGGAGGGAAAUGUGGCAGAGUCAGAAAAAGAUUUUUGCGAUACUAGUACUAAUGUUGAAAAUACAUCAGAAAGAAAAAGAAAACAAGAAAGCAGUGUAAUAUUUGAUAAUGAAAUGCAAGAAACAAGACCAGAGAAGGCUGAAAUUGAUAACGAAAUUCAUUUAGAGGCUUUAGAAACAGGAGGAAAAGAAAGAUGA